AUGGCAAGCAAGCCUCCAAGUAAAGUAGUUUUUGUUGGGAAUAUUCCUUAUGAUGUUUCUGAAGAACAACUAAAGGAUAUUUUUCGACAAAUUGGCCCAAUUAAUCGAUUUAGAUUAGUUUUUGAUAAAGAAACAAAUAAACCAAAAGGAUAUGGUUUUUGUGAAUAUCCAGAUGUUGCAACAGCAAGUGCAGCAGUCCGGAAUUUAAAUAACCACGAUAUAAAUGGCCGUCAGUUGAGGGUUGACUUUGCUGAAUCAGAUCCAGCACAAGAUAACAACCGAAGACAACAGCAAUCAUCUGUACAACACGAAGAACCUUCAUUGCAACAAAAUAAGUCAGACAUCUUGCCGCCUCUUCCACAGGGUACAAUGCCGCAACCAGGUAUAUCAGUGAUUGAUGCGAUUUCUCGUACAUUGUCAACAUUGCCUCCGUUACAGCUUCUAGACAUUAUUUCCCAAUUAAAAGCACUUGUACAUAUUAAUCCUGAGCAAGCACAUGCUCUUCUUUUGCAGUCACCACAGUUGUCGUAUGCUGUAUUUCAAGCGAUGCUUAUGAUGAAUCUUGUUGAAGCAAGCGUGCUUCAAAGGGUGGUUGCAUCAACGGGUCUUCCCCAACCAUCACAACCAUCACAAGCAUCUAAUACAUCAUAUACUCAAUCACAACAAAAUAUUUCAGAACAGCAAAAAGCAGCUAUUUAUGCUCAGGUUAUGUCAUUGACAGAUGCACAAAUUAAUACAUUACCAGCAGAUACAAGAAAUCAAAUAUUAUUAUUAAAACAACAAAUAGCUAUGGGCGUGGUUUAA